GAGGUGAACUUUAGUCAGAGUGCCGCUGUUCAGCUUGUGGAAUGGAGUCUCAUCUGUGGAAAGUCCUGAUAUUAAGUUUCUUUCUACAUUUCAUUAUCACCAGGUUCUGCUGUGGUUAUCCGAAUGUUUUCCUACAGAAAGACGAAGCAAACCGAGUCCUUCUGUACAGGCAGAGACGUGCCAAUUCGCUGAUGGAGGAGCUGAAGCUGGGAGACUUGGAGAGAGAGUGCCUGGAAGAAAAAUGUUCCUACGAGGAGGCGAAAGAGAUAUUUUCCUUUCACGAAAAUUUUAUACAGUUCUGGAGAACGUACGCAGAAGAGAAUGAGUGUAACUCUACACCGUGUCAAAAUGGAGCCACCUGUGUUGACCAUGUCAAGUCUUAUGUUUGUCUCUGUCCCUCGGGAUAUGAGGGGAGGGACUGUGAGAUUGAGUUUAGGAAUGACUUGGGCUGCAUUUACAUGAACGGUGGCUGUGAGCACUUCUGUGUUGAAGUGCCUGGAUCCCCUCACCAUUGUGAAUGUGCCCCAGGUUAUUCUCUGGACAAGGACAACACAUCUUGUAUUCCACAAGUGAAGUUCCCCUGUGGCAGGGUGGAAAACCACUUCAGACCGAGGAUAGUCAGAGGGACUGUGUGUCCCAAAGGAGAGUGUCCCUGGCAGGCUCUUCUGGAGAAUGGAGGGGCUUACCUGUGUGGUGGGAUUAUCAUAGACGUCCAGUGGGUCCUCACUGCUGCUCACUGUGUGUACGGCAUCCCUGUGUCAAAACUGAAGGUCAUUCUCGGGGAGCACAUACGAGAUACACAUGAAGGCACGGAGGUGAUGAGGGGGGUGCAGCAGAAAAUCAUCCACGGCGGCUACAACACCAGCUCGGCCGACAACGACAUCGCGCUGCUGAGGCUGGACGGGGGCCUGACGUACUCGCCGGACGUGAUCCCCGUCUGCCUGCCGCGGCGGCGGUUCGCCCUGACGGAGCUGGCCUCCGUGCGGCUCUCCACGGUGAGCGGCUGGGGGAAGCUCUCUCAGGCCGGGCCCACGGCCAACGUGCUGCAGCGCCUCCAGGUGCCGCGGGUCAGGAGCCAGGAGUGCAGGUCCAAGACGAGGAUGGCCAUCACGAGGAACAUGAUCUGCGCCGGCUACUUCGGGGGCGAGCAGGACUCCUGCAAGGGGGACAGCGGGGGGCCCCUGGUCACCAGAUACAAGAACACCACCUUCCUGACGGGCAUCGUCAGCUGGGGGAAGGGCUGCGCGCAGCCUGGCUACUAUGGGAUUUACACCAGGGUGUCCAACUACCUGGACUGGCUGGAAAAGACCAUGUCCACUUAACAGGGACAGCGGGCAGGUGGAAAGCUCCUCCUCACCACCUGGUGGUUGAUGAGAAGAAAAGCAUGUGAUCAAAAGCCUGUUUCCCACACGCCUGCCUUAUCUUUCUCUGUGAGCUGCACUACAAGUGCACAUCUUACAGCGGGGCCAGGAAAUACUUUAACAAGUAAACUGAAUUAAUUCUCA